AUGAGUGAUCAAGUUGGUCCCCGAGAAGUGCCAGCUCAGACUCAUGAGCCAUCAUCGAAGGAAGGGUUGGACUUCGUUCAGGAUGGGUACUUUCGACAUUCUGAUAUCGUAUUCAGAUACGUAGACAAGCUGAGUCCAUUACAUGCCCAGGCGAUGGGUCAACUGAUCAACGGCCAUGCUCUGUGCCAUCCCAAUCAUCCUCUUCGAACUCCUGGUGAUGGAGGUUUGACACUUUACGUAGGAACUGACCUACUCGGGAAACCACGGCUGCUAUGGAAGAUCCAGCAGCUCCAGUAUCUCCAGUACUAUAUCCACGAAAUGCGACUUACCACACCUUCCUGGAUAGAAUACCAUUCAAAACGAGCUGAACUUCUAGCUGAAGAAGGAGAGGAUAAGGCAGAUAAGCUGGAGCCGCCUUCGCUUGAAGAAGGGAACGAUGACUGGGUACCUCUACCCAGCUAUCCAUGUAGAGCUAGCGACAUGGUCAUCAUCCAGCCCAUCAAAAUCAUUUCUUCGGGAUUCCUGAAAGAACUCUCGAAGCUAGUUACUAAAGAUGGUAAGACCGUUGAGAGAUACAGAAGACAAGGUGUACCCAUUCCUACGUUCGAUCCGCACAGGUACGAAGCCCUUAGAGAUAAUUUUACCGAAGGACCUGGAUUGAGGAAAGGUCCCGAGAAGUCGGUGAAAAGUGAUGCGGCUCGACAAGAGGCUCCAGAUGGGACUGGCUGGGGAGGAUUCCCUCUCAAAAAGGAAAAUAAGGUAGACAAAAACGAAGAGGAAGAAUCCUUAGAUGUCAAAACGUCAGUACCGGAAAGCUAUGUCGAGUUCGAUGUUGCUGCGCCUCCUGCUGCCCACCAGGCCAACCGGUCUACCUCGCCAUCCAUAUCUUCCAAUACAUCUACCCCUUUCACCGAUAUCGGAGCGUCAUACUAUUAUCACUGCCAGCAAGCAUUCAUUCUCGCUAUCAGUGGUGGGUUACUCGCUUCCCUUCCAGACUCACAGCAAUCCGUGGCAGGAGAAGAAGAUGCGGAGGAAGAGGAGGGACUCAUUACGAUCCCAGAGAUCGGCCGAAGUCUUUUCAUCGCCCUGAGCGUGACGAGGUGGGAAAAAGACCCAUCAACCAUGUUGGAAAUUGGAUAUUCUGCCAUUUGGUGGGAGAAGGUACCUGAUGAGCUCAAGAAGGAAGAUGGAAUGGAUUAUGAGGAAAUGAGAGAUAUGGGGCAUUUCAUUGUUCAAGAUCACUUGUUACAUAAGAAGAACGGUGAAUCACAACCCGAUUAUCGAGAUUCAUACCUCUUCGGCGAUUCUCUACCGAUUGAAGCGAGCAAGAUCCGUACGACCCUGAAAAAGCUAAUCAAGGAUCUUUCUGCAAAAGCGGGAAAUGGACCGAUAUAUAUCGUGACCCACGUUUCGGAAGGAGAAGAGCUCAACUUGAAGGAUAUUGGACUAGACGUAUCCUUGACUGAUGGUGAUCUACAGCCUGAUGGAUGGGAAGUACCUCCUUACAUGUGUGCAGCAGGGUGUGGAUCGGUAUUUAUCAUUAACACGGCGAGUUUGUUUGGAGCAAUUGAGAAUGUACCGCCAAUACCGGUCGGAUCGCACCACUUUGCAGGUCGAACGAAGAGAACACUAGAGACUACCGCUUUGACCACGUUCGGUUCUGAUCCCAACAGGAGACCUGAGAAAUGUGGUAAUGCAGGGAACGAUGCCUUUUACACACUGGCUAUCUUGGUAGAGACCAUGACCGGCCCGACACUACCUGAACUCCGAGCAGAUUACCUGACCAACUGUCUUCCUUCUUCUCAUUUGAAAGCCGGCUCCAUGAUGCAAGAAGGACCGGAAGAAGAGGUCAAAGUGAUUCGAACAGUACCGCUCACGCCUCUUGGUGAAGCAUCAACCACCGAACAAGGUGAAACCCCCGAGGUAGUAGCAGCAAGUGAGCGAUUAAAGGGUAUCAAAGUUGAAGAUGUUGAUGUGAAUUACGAAGAUAACGAAUCGGACGAUGAGGGAUUUAGGGAAGAUGAGAUGAUCACUGGGAUAUAUUAUGAGGAUGAAGAUGGCAAUUUACAUGAGUUGAGUGAUUAA